GCAACGACCAAAAACCUCCCUCUCUCUCCCCCGGGCGGCCCUCCCCGCGAGCCACUCGAAUUGACAGUCGGCAUCGAGAGAGGUGCACGAAGUCACCGGGCGAUGAAGGAGCUCGCGCCUGCAGAUGAUUGUCAAUACAAAACUGGGUGACGAAGAAGAAGCAGAGAGUGAGUGAGUGUCAGUCCACUUGUCGCCGCCCCGAGGACCAGGUCGGUCGCUUUUGAGAAGGGAAGAGGAAGAGGAUGCAGGCAGGAGGGAGGAAGAAGCCAUCGUCCUGCUCCUGCUCCUGCUCCUGCUCCUCCUCGUCCUGAGAGAUUGAGAGUGAGUGGCAGAGUCAGGUCGUUUCCGCGCUUGCUGCUGGAAGAAGAGGGAGACAAGACGAGAGGAGACUCAAUCAGAAUUGGAGUUUGUGUGCCCGCAGCUGGUUGGUUGGUGCGGCUCCACCGCUUGACUCACAUCUCUCUCUGCUCAGACUGUGUGCGUAUGUCUGCUCUCGUGAUUUCUCUGCACACGGUGCGCUGUAGUGGUGUGUGUUAGUCUAGUGGCUCACGGUGGGCACGGACGGUGUGAAGAUGGUGUCAAUCGCUCGACGGCAGCCGCAGCUCGUUCGACUGUGGCCGAUGAUGAUGCCCUCGUGGCACGGGGCCAGUUGCGACUAGCUUGCAGCCCUUCGGGGUGUCUGUCAGCUUUGGUCGGUGUAGUUUCUCGCAGAGGUGAUUGGAUUGAGGAGGGCAGCGGCAGCUAGUGGCGGAGCUCGCUCGGAGAUCAUUCCCUGCUUUUGCUUGAUUUUCGUAUUCUGUCCAUCUCAGUCACUCCACCCUCGUGAAUUUUGUUUCCCUGCGCUGAAUCGUCUUCCUCUGGUGUCGCACAAUCAAUCAAUCUGUCGAAUUUCCUGCCCUUCACGACGAGUGAAAUUCCUUCCUCGUCCUGUGAGAUACAGGGAGCUCCAAAUUGUCGAAGGGACCCGAAUCGACGAGAGGCGCCGGUGGUGCGAAUGAAUGACAAUGGAAUUCGGUGACAUGCGAUGGGACAUUCGAGCAUAGAGUCGCAAACACAUCUCGCUUAGUUCUCGCUGGGUUUAAGGUGGAUGGAGACAGUAGAGUUUUGCAGGCAUGCAGGCAGGUCCCCAAGCACUCGAGGGAUGACGGCGAGUAGACAGACGAAUGAAGCCACGCAGUAGCAUCAUUGAGGUGUCUAUGCAGGUGCAGGUGCAGGAGCAGGAGCAGAGGCGGAGGCUGGGAAAUACGUGACCAAUCAAUCCAGCAGUCAAUCUGUGGAGUAUCUCUCUACGGAACGUCAGGUCAGGAAGCAGCCAUGGACGAGCCUUUGUUAGGAGUAGCCGAUCAGAGCAGCAUGGACCAUGAGUAUGACCACGGAGCAGUAUCUCCCAUCAGAAUUCCGAGUAUCCGAAAAUCCGAUCACCCCACCUUCAACCUCAUCAGCCCUCGGCCGAGAUCCAGCAUGGGUUUAUCGCCCGUGGCCUCCUCACCCGACUCUCUCUUCCGCUUGUUUCUGGACAUCGGGGUCGGCCGAAGGACGGAGAAAUUCUACGUCCCACCUGCUUAUGGAUCCGGAGAAUCCAGCAGGCAAAAUAGUUCAGCAGCAGCAGCACCCGCAGCUUCAUCGUCCUACUCCUCGGGGUUACCGAGUCCCGGCGGAACAUCUUUGAGUUCUCUGUUUCGAAUUCCCGAAGAGGCCACAGCCACGGGAAACGAACGCGUGACAAAUCUUGAGCCGAGGGAUUUGGAGGCGGCUCCUCCUCUGGGGUUGCUUGCGGAGAUUCCGGAAUGGAGGAGUGCCGAGAGCCUCAGUGACAGUGGAACUCGUGCGGAGCACUCAGCUGCUGGUGAUUUAGCUCGACCUUCUGUAAAGGAUUACUACCCCGUCCCCGAUUCGGAACAGACGAGCCCGGGACCUCCACCACCAUCUUCACAGGAGAGGAGAAAAUUACACAAAUGCAACACAGCGCCCGUUUUGAGCACCGUGGCUGUAACAUCACACAAUGAGUCCAAGGCAGAUCCUUCUGAAAUUUUCAACAGACGAGAACCUCGCGACAUCACAGCGUGGGGCGUUGUGUGGCAAGCUGCAGUAGGGUUGUUGGUGUACCUGUUUGUGGGCGUGCUGAUUUAUUGCUGGAGGAAAGAUGAGUUCAAAGGAGUCGAGACAGUUGGCGUCAUCGACGCCAUCUACUUCUGUAUAGUGACCAUGUGUACAAUCGGAUAUGGAGACAUAACUCCUAUCACCCCCUUGGCGAAGAUGCUCUCUUGUUGUCUGGUGCUCGUCGGGUUCGGAUUCAUCGAUGCUCUCAUGAGCGGAAUGGUCACAUUUGUGCUCAACCGCCAAGAAAGCCUUCUGAUGAAUGUUGUCAAGGAUGGGCAUCAUAACACGGCGAAGAGUUAUGUACUCAAUGAGCAGAAACAGACUUUGCGCAUUCGAUUGAAGGUGUUGUUAGCCGUCGGCACCGUACUUGGUAGUUUGGCAGUCGGGACAGUGUUUCUCCAUUACUUCGAGAGGAUGUCCUGGAUCGACUCGGUCUACGUCACUUGUAUAUCAAUCACGACUGUGGGCUAUGGGGAUUUCUCGUUUCAAACGAUGUGGGGAAGACUGUUUGCGGCUGUUUGGCUUCUGCUGAGCACGUUGGGAGUGGCGCGAGCCUUUCUCUUUCUGGCCGAGGCAAGGGUGCAGAGGAGGCACCGCCAUUUCGCCAGAAAAAUGCUGCGGACGAAGAUGUCGCCUUACGAUGUCAUUGCCGCAGACAUUGACAACGAUGGACAUGUCAGUGUCGCCGAGUACGUGGUUUACAAGCUGAAGGCUAUGAAGAAGAUCAACGACAGAGACAUUGUCGACAUCGUCAACCAGUUCAAUGAUCUGGACACUGCGGGGGUAGGCAAAAUCACGAUGACUCGAUUGCUUGAAGCAGAAAGUACGGAUUACAAGGAAUAGAUAUUUGCGGUCCCAAACGCAGGUUUGUUAUUCUUGAGGAUGGAUGGUUGCACGACGUCUCUCCAUCAAUGGCCAAAUCUUCUCGAUGUCGAAUUCCACCCAGAAGCAAAAGCGAGCAGGACGGCAACGCAGAGCAUGGCCAAGUUUCUAAUUCACAUUAUUCUGGACAGUUGAAAAUUGAAGGACCCCCGUACCCACCAAACCUAUAUGCCCAAUCUUGCAGAUACGUCCAGCAGAGCUAAUUUUUUCGAUGGAAGGCUGGCUCAAUCAAGCUCGUAUUGGCCAGUGUUGACCCCAACAACAGGAUUGUAUAAUACUUUAAAGCGUACUCGUUGAAAUCGACAGCCUUUGGGAGUCAAUGACCGGUGGGAUACUCACCCUGUGAAGAGGAGUGCUGUGGUACAAAACGCUAAUACUCUACUCAGCACUAGAGGCUAGACUUACAAGUAGAAAUUUGGUCCCAAACAGACCGGGGUCUGUCGCACGAAUUAUAUCAAUUCUUUGUGAUAUGAGAGAUAUUUGUACAGCAAAGUUCAAUACCUCGCACCUAAUACAAUUUAUGGC